UGAAAUUUCGGGACAAGUACCCUAAUCACUAUCACGCCAUCACUACUGAUAACACGCCCGUUUUGUCUUUUGCCGUGUCCGCUCCGUCACUUUUGCGCGACAGCUGUUGCAGCGACCUUGGCGUCAACACCGGGGCCGACACUCGCGCGUCCUGUACUCCUGUGCGCUGCUGUAACCUUGUGCGUCCUUCUAGUGUCGUUUGACGUGUCACGCCGCCGUCGUCGUCGCCGUCCAUACCUGUGGCUUGUGAUUUUCCCGCGUGUGGAAAGCUGCUGUCGUCGGAGAGUCGAGCUAGUGCCUUCAACGGCCGUUGGUCCAUCCGUCGAGUAUGCAUUAUUAGUGUCGCCGUCACCGCCGCCGCUCACGGAUUCGUCAACAGACACUGCCGCCGUCGCCAACACUGUCACGGCGUUCACUAUCUCCACGCAAUCACUGCCGUUGCAGUCGGCCGUGUAUCGUUCAACGUUGGUCCACGCUCAGUCCGGAGACGACACUCGUACAGUCUCCCGACGACGUCAUCGUCCUUAUCGUUUUGUAGCCUCCACAUAUUAUUAUUAUUGUAUCGUGUGACACGGCACUCGUCUUCGCCGUCGGAAUCAUUAUUGAAUAAUCCAGGACAUAAUCGGUCGAGCCGUGCCGUCAUUCAUCGCCACCGCUACGGCUAUACCUACCUCCACGCAAUCACCGCCGUCGCAGUCGGCCAUGAUAGCGUUGGUCGUUGCUGUCGAGCCGGGCCGUUCAUACUCGCCACCGUCGUAACAUACAGCAAACUGCAGUCACAAGCUCCGCUGAUUGAAAUAUUUUAUCAUUGCCGACCUGUUGACGUCCUGUGCACCGAUGCCCGAUAUGGGUAAUUUUACUGAAGAAAACAUGGAAGAAUCUGAUGAAAAUAUAGAAACUCUAAUGAGUGCAGAUCAAUUCGAAGAUCGUGAUUCAUUGCUGUAUAAUGGUCAUAAUGUUACAGGUGAAACUAAUUUUCCGCACCGUACUUGCAUUUUGUUUAAUGAAUCACCAAUAGUGAUUGAAGACGAUGAUGUUGAUGAUUCAUUGAAUGACAUCAAUAAUGGUCGAAUUAUAAAUGUAAGAAACGAAAUGAAAAUGCCUAUACCUGAAGACCAAAUGACUGUGAAUAAUGACUCAGAAGAUGGCUCUGAUUCAGAUUUAGAAAUAAUUGAGCCAUUGAUGCAGAUAAAUAAAAAUAUUAUGUAUGAUCCUACUAAAAAAUCCAACCUAUUUAAAAGACAAAAAAAGAACAAUUCUUUAAAUUUAAAGAAAUUUAAAAAAGCACCCACUGCUACAGUUAAUUUAGAACACAAUUGCAUGAUGAGCAACAAAAUACCUGCAGGAUGUUCAUCACUGAUGUCUAAUGAUUCUUCAUCGCUUAGAUUGAGUGAUUCUUCCGAUAAAGAUGGUACAUCUGAAAAGUUUAUUUCUUGCAAAUAUGAAGAUUGUGAUACAUUGGUGGAAGAUCCUGAAUUAUUAAUUGAUGAUUUAUAUUGUAGUUUGGAAUGUAAAAUCCGAAAACAAACAGUAACUGAAGCAGAACAUUUUAUCGAUGAAACUUUCAAUCCAACCGAAGAAACUACAGUGGAUCUUAACAAUUUAACAAAUUUAAAAAAUAGAAUUAUUAAGAAGAAACAGUUGUUAAAAACUGCUUGUCCAGAAGAAAAUGACAAUUCUAAUGAACAGCCUGUGGUAGAAGAUAAAGGUCUGACAAAAUAUAUGACAGGAAAAAAAAAGUCUAAUGUUUCUUUGUCACUUGAAUUAAAUUCUUCUGUACAAAAAAAACAAAUGAGUUCUUCACCUAGGUCUGUUCAGCUAUCAACCAACUCGGAAUCUUUAAAGCAAUCAAAUAGUCUACGGUUAAGUCAUACUACUAGUGAACCUCGUAGAUCACAGAAUUUAAAGAUUAUGAGAUCAGUUGAAAAACCUUCAAAUAAGUAUAAAGUAUCGUUGUCUGACAAAAUUAAUGAUUUAGUUGCUCAAAGUGAUUCUUCCGAUAAAGAUGGUACAUCUGAAAAGUUUAUUUCUUGUGAAUAUGAAGAUUGUGAUACAUUGGUGGAAGAUCCUGAAUUAUUGAUUGAUGACUUAUAUUGUAGUUUGGAAUGUAAAAUCCAAAAACAAACAGUAACUGAAGCAGAAUAUUUUAUCGAUGAAACUUCCAAUCCAACUGAAGAAACUACAGUGGAUCUUAACAAUUUAACAAAUUUAAAAAAUAGAAUUAUUAAGAAGAAACAGUUGUUAAAAACUGCUUGUCCAGAAAAAAAUGACAAUUCUAAUGAACAGCCUGUGGUAGAAGAUAAAGAUCUGACAAAAUAUAUGACAGGGAAAAAAAAGUCAAAUGCUUCUUUGUCACUUGAAUUAAAUUCAUCUGUACAAAAAAAACAAAUGAGUCCAUCACCUAGGUCUGUUCAGCUAUCAUCCAACUCAGAAUCUUUAAAGCAAUCAAAUAGUCUACGGUUAUGUCAUACUACUGGUGAACCUCGUAGAUCACGGAUUAUAAGAUCAGUUGAAAAACCUUCAAAUAAGUAUAAAGUAUCGUUGCCUGACAAAAUUAAUGAUUUAGUUGCUCAAAGUGAUUCUUCCGAUAAAGAUGGUACAUCUGAAAAGUUUAUUUCUUGUGAAUAUGAAGAUUGUGAUACAUUGGUGGAAGAUCCUGAAUUAUUGAUUGAUGAUUUAUAUUGUAGUUUGGAAUGUAAAAUCCGAAAACAAACAGUAACUGAAGCAGAAUAUUUUAUCGAUGAAACUUCCAAUCCAACCGAAGAAACUACAGUGGAUCUUAACAAUUUAACAAAUUUAAAAAAUAGAAUUAUUAAGAAGAAACAGUUGUUAAAAACUGCUUGUCCAGAAGAAAAUGACAAUUCUAAUGAACAGCCUGUGGUAGAAGAUAAAGAUCUGACAAAAUAUAUGACAGGGAAAAAAAAGUCAAAUGCUUCUUUGUCACUUGAAUUAAAUUCAUCUGUACAAAAAAAACAAAUGAGUCCUUCACCUAGGUCUGUUCAGCUAUCAUCCAACUCAGAAUCUUUAAAGCAAUCAAAUAGUCUACGGUUAUGUCAUACUACUGGUGAACCUCGUAGAUCACAGAUUAUAAGAUCAGUUGAAAAACCUUCAAAUAAGUAUAACGUAUCAUUGCCUGACAAAAUUAAUGAUUUAGUUGCUCAAAGUGAUUCUUCCGAUAAAGAUGGUACAUCUGAAAAGUUUAUUUCUUGUGAAUAUGAAGAUUGUGAUACAUUGGUGGAAGAUCCUGAAUUAUUGAUUGAUGAUUUAUAUUGUAGUUUGGAAUGUAAAAUCCGAAAACAAACAGUAACUGAAGCAGAAUAUUUUAUCGAUGAAACUUCCAAUCCAACCGAAGAAACUACAGUGGAUCUUAACAAUUUAACAAAUUUAAAAAAUAGAAUUAUUAAGAAGAAACAGUUGUUAAAAACUUCUUGUACAGAAGAAAAUGACAAUUCUAAUAAACAGCCUGUGGUAGAAGAUAAAGGUCUGACAAAAUAUAUGACAGGGAAAAAAAAGUCUAAUGCUUCUUUGUCACUUGAAUUAAAUUCAUCUGUACAAAAAAAACAAAUGAGUCCAUCACCUAGGUCUGUUCAGCUAUCAUCCAACUCAGAAUCUUUAAAGCAAUCAAAUAGUCUACGGUUAAGUCAUACUACUGGUGAACCUCGUAGAUCACAGAUUAUAAGAUCAGUUGAAAAACCUUCAAAUAAGUAUAAAGUAUCGUUGCCUGACAAAAUUAAUGAUUUAGUUGCUCAAAGUGAUUCUUCCGAUAAAGUUGAUACAUCUGAAAAGUUUAUUUUUUGCGAAUAUGAAAAUUGUGGUACAUUGAUGGAUGAUCCUGAAUUAUUGAUUGAUGGUUUAUAUUGUAGUUUGGAAUGUAAACUUCGAAAACAAACAGUAACUGAAGAAGAACAUUUUAUCGAUGAAACUUCCAAUUUAACCAAAAAAACUAAAGUUGAUCAUAAAAUUUUAACAAAAUUAAAAAAUAGAAUUAAUAAGAAGAAACAGUUAUUAAAAACUUCUUGUCCAGAAGACAAUGACAAUUCUAAUAAACAGCCUCUGGUAGAAGAUGUGUUGAAAUAUAUGUCAGGGUUUCAACACAGAUCUGCACCUAUACAAUUCUUUGAUAGACCUUGUCCAACUAAAAAGAACUUAUUUGUAGUAGGAGAAAAACUGGAAGGAAUUGAUCCAAAAUAUGAAGCAUUAUUCUGUGUAAUGACUGUAUCAGAAGUUUGUGGAUACCGUAUUAAAUUACAUUUUGAUGGUUAUGGAUCUGAAUAUGAUUUUUGGGUAAAUGCCGAUUGCCCAGAUUUAUUUCAUGCAGGAUGGUGUGAAAUGAAUUCACGCAUUCUACAACCACCGUACAACUAUGGGAAUGUAUUUAAUUGGACUAAUUAUCUUAGAGAAUGUCAAGCCGUACCUGCUCCAAAAUGCAAUUUUGUCUCUACUAAAAACCUUAAUAGUUGUAAAAAUCCACAUAAAUUUCAUAUUGGAGCUAAAUUAGAAGCUUUAGACAAAUUAACCCGUACACAUCCAAAACAGUUAAUAUAUGUUGCUACUGUUGCUGAUAUCUUGGGUAAUCGUAUCCGUAUUCAUUUCGAUGGGUGGUCAGAUGAUUUUGAUUACUGGGCGGAUAUUACAUCAAUCUAUAUACAUCCAAUAGGGUGGUGUGAAAAAAAUGGUCGAACUUUACUUCCACCUAAAUAUUAUAAAGCUAAGAAAGGAAGAAAAUCUUUUAAUUGGACUGAAUAUUUAGCAGAGACUAAUAGUGAACCUGUGCCUGAAGGUGCAUUUGUACGCAGACCUUUACGAGAUUUUUCAAAUAAAAUGAUAAUAGAGGUUUUUGAUCUUGUUGUGCCAAAACUAUUAAGAAUUUCUGAGGUAGUAGAUGUUAGAGGCGAUGAAUUAAAAAUUGUUUAUGAUGGAUUUGAUAAUGAUUAUGCAUACUGGGUUGAAGACGAUAGUCCAGAUAUUCAUCCUGUUGGAUGGUCUUCAAAAAUUAACCAUCCAAUUGAACUGCCUCCAGCAUCUAAUACACGUUGGAGUUGCAAUAUUCGUGGUUGUAAAGGUUAUGGCAAUUCAUCAAAUCAUUUGGAAAUUGAUCAUGUUGAAGUAAAAGAUUGUCCAUAUGAAAUGGAUGCAUGGAAAAACGCUGUUGCUGGGUUGUCAAAUGUGCCUGAUCGAUUAAAAACUCAUAAUAUUGUAAUUAACUCAACAUUGACAAGGUAGUAAUAAAUUAUAUUGAACUCACUCCCCCAGCACCAACUUUGCUUUUAGAGGGUGCUGCAAUAUGUAACCUAGGGUAUUUUACGUCAUUCUUUUUUAUAUUAUUUAUGUUGUUGUUGGAAUAAAGUUCAUUAUCAUUA